ACAGAGGCAAAAACAAUACCAAAAUGGCCGUUUACAAAGUGAUGAGGAAUUUCUGUGUGUCUGUGAAUUAAUUUAUAUAAAAUUUUCGCGGAUUUUUUUUGUUUGAUAACAUAUUUAUUAGUGUUGGAGUGUAAAUAAGAAAACGUUAGUUGUGAAAGGAUAUUUCAUGCAUUGAUGGCAAAUGAAUAUCCAUUAAAAAGUUAAAUUAUAAAUUGCUUUAAAAUGGCGCACGCAAUCAAAGCGAGUUGACUUUCUUUUUCUGUACACCAUUCAGUUUUGAUUUUCUGUUUUUAUAUAAAAAAAUUGUACUUUUAUACUAAUUGUAUAUACACAAACGAUAUAUAAAUACACAAUUUAAGCAAUUAUUAUAUUGUAUUGGUGAAAUUUGUUUACCUAAAUAUUGUAAAUACUUAUAAAUUUUUUCGGUGAAAAAAAAAAAAUUGAAAUAAAUACAAUGUGUGCUGCACAAAGCAACCCGCAGCAGAGCUUCGGCUAUACAUGGGGCUUCGCUGACAACAGUCGCGCGGAUUCCGUAUUAGAAAUGUCGCCUAAUAUUAGUUAUACCGUCAGCAGUGAAUCCAUGCCAUAUUUGUUAACGGAUGGUUCAAUCACUAUGCAAAAGGAUGUCAAAAAUGCUUUAGCUGCAAAUAAAGGAAGUGUUGUACGUCGCAUGUUUGUUGUUAACGAACCAUUUCCAUCAGGUCAACGUGUUAUCACCACAAGCGCAGCCCCAACAGUUGUUAAGAAACAAGAGCAACAAGUUUUAAGUUUGAAUUGCGAUAAAAAUUAUCUUUUAGUUGAUCACACAGAUCAAACGCAUGCACUAACAAAUGGUAUUGUCGAACAAAAAGCUAUACUUACCGCAGCACCUCCUGGAAGUAAAACACAUUACAGUCCAAUUGGUCCCAUACAGUUAACAGCUGAGGAAUGUAAUGAAAUUCUAAUGAAACGUGCACUUGCAGCUUCUCAACAAACUCAAACAAUAACCACCACAGAUGCCCACACAGGAACAAUUCUAGAUGAUAUUAUACCUGGAAUAUCGGUGCAGGUACAGAAAGUAAUACAAGGACUUGAAGAUCAAGAUGAUUCACAAGGAGAUACGCCAAACUUAAAACUAGAACCAGGAACAUUGGAAUUAUCUCCCAAAACAGAAUUACAGGAAUCUAUUAAUUUUAGUGACAACGAUACCACUAUAAAGAAAGAACGUCCUUUUAGUUGUGAUGAAUGUGGCAAAUCAUUUUUACUUAAACAUCAUUUAACGACACAUGCACGUGUUCACACAGGUGAAAGACCACAUGUUUGUCCUCAUUGUGGUAAAAGUUUUGCCCAUAAGCAUUGCCUCAAUACACAUCUCCUGUUACACUCCACUGAGCGUCCAUACCAAUGUGCGGAGUGUAAGAAAAGUUUUACAUUAAAACACCAUCUCUUAACACAUUCACGUGUACAUAGUCGCGAUCGUCCAUUUGUGUGCCAAGAAUGUGGUAGAUCGUUUCCUUUAAAACGACAUUUGGUAACACAUAGUAAAUUUCAUGCAGGAGAAAGACCUUUUGUAUGCGAAGAAUGUGGAGAAAGUUUUGCUCAAGAAAAUCACUUAAUUAUGCACUCACGAUUUCAUGGUUCAAUUAAUCCAUUCGUUUGUCCUGAUUGCGGUGUAACAUUUCCGCGUAAAUUUCAACUUGUAAAUCAUGGGCGAGUGCAUGGUAAGGUGCCACAUUCAUGUACCGUUUGCGGCAAAGAAUUUUUACAAAAACGUACACUCGUAUCACAUAUGCGUAUACAUACCGGAGAUCAUCCAUAUCCUUGUAUAAGUUGUGGAGAAGGAUUUUUAACAAAAGCUGAGCUCAAUCAACAUUUUCGAAAUAGUCAUGGUGGCGUUAAUCCUAAUUCUUCGUCUAGCAAUGUCGUGCCUACUAAUACAAUAAUAACGACCCAACAACCUGCACAAAACAUUCAGUUACAUCAAACUCAGCAACAGCACCAUCAACAACAGCAUCAGCAACAACAACAGCAGCAACAACAAACACAGGCUCACCCACAAACAAUUACUGUUAUUAGCAAUUCAGCAAAUGCACAAAUGCUGACUGUAACAGCCAAUGAUGGUAGCGGCAUAACACGACCACAAUUCGUUUGUCGAGAAUGCGGAAGUGCCUUCAAUAGUCGUGAAGCCUUAGCGCUUCACUUGAGACUUCAUACUGGUGAUAAAACCCUUAUGACUGAUCUUUGUGCACUAACGGCAGCUUUACCACCAAAUUUCUUAAAUGGUGGUUUAAAUCCGAACACAACUGUUGUAGCAACAAAUCCAAAUAUAGUUGCACAAAAUUCAGUGCCAGUACAAAUAAUCUCAUCUACGGGUCAAGUGGUAACACAAACCACAUUGGUGCAGGCCGCCGCAUCCACACAUCCUCAAACAGUAGUGACGACAGUGCCAACAGUUGCAGUACAACAACAGCAACAUACGCAAAUGCAACCGGCUGUUGUAGCACAGCAACAAACGCCACCAAAACCAAAAUCUCAUUUCUGUCAAAGCUGUGGCAAAGGAUUUGCUGCUAAGCAUGGCUUAAUGCAACAUACACGUAGACAUCCCAAUGGUGGUUGCACAGUACGAACACAUGUAUGUGAAUGUGGUAAAGCCUUCUUCCAGAAGAAUCAUCUUAUGUUGCAUCAACGGCAACACUUGGAAACAAAGCCAGUUAUUGCACAACAACAGACAACAACACAGUAGUUCCCAUCAUUAUGUUUAAAGCAAAUUUUGGACUUUGGAAUAGUUAUAUAGCCGCCUGUCAGGUGUGAUUUACAUUUGGAUACUAAAUGUAAGACCCUUUCUGGAUACUAAAUAUUUAAGAUGUUAAAGUGUAAUAAACCUCGUACUUGUAUCCUUUUACAUCAAUUAGUUAAUUAAGAUUAUUUAAUUUGUAAUAUUGAACCGCAAUUAAUUUUAUUUAAUAAUGACUAAAUGUCUGAUAUAACCCUAAAGGUGAAACAUACAUUUAUAGAGAUUCGAACACGAAUACAAAUUAUGGCCAAAUUUUUUUUUUUGUUUGAAUAUUAAAAACAAAAUAUUGUUUUGUCGAA